AUGCAUCUCGACAAGGCUCGAAUUCCACUAAUCAGCGCCUACCUAUCUGAGAUAUAUGUCCAGACCGAACCUAGCGUAUACCGGCUAGACUUCAAGUCGCAAGAUUACAAAAGGGUAGGAACAUUCGUUCUCCAACAAACAGGGGAUCGAGACGAUGGUCUCCUUCAUACUCCAUUCUCUGCCAGUACGUCGUCGGACGAAGUCCUCGAAGUAGCGAGGGGUUGGAUCCAUGAUUGCUUAUACAAAAAGAAUCAUGAUGGCAGCAAGAAACAUGCUGCAUGCCCUGGGAUAGACCCUCAAAACCCUUGGUAUCCAACACGGCUAAUCGACCUUGGCCUCGUGGCGGAUUCGGGAAAGCCCGGCCAGCGCGUGAAUCCUGAGCAGGUGCGCCUUGUGGUAACGAACGAGGACGAACCCAAGAAAGGGGAUGUUUACGUGACGUUGAGCCAUUGCUGGGGCAAGGCAAACUUUUUGCGGCUUGAAGAGGGGACCAUUUCGGAGUUUCAAAAAGGUAUCCGACUAGAGACCUUGCCCAAGACGUUUCGCCAUGCGAUCAGCUUCGCGCGCAGGCUAGGACGCAAAGUUCGAUAUAUCUGGAUUGAUUCGCUGUGCAUUAUCCAAGGUCAAAGCGAUGCCCAACGGAGAGACUGGCUCAACGAAUCUGCAAAGAUGUACGAAAUAUACAAGAAUUCCUACUGCAAUAUAUCAGCAACUGCAGCCACAGACAGCGAGCAGGGCCUGUUCUUCGAUCGGGAGCCACGGGAAUUAUGGGAAGACGAAAUCAACCUGAACGUUGACGGCAUUCCGGGUAACAAGCAAAGCCACAAACACCCCAUCAAGCGCUGCUCCGUUCUUGAUUUGUCCUUCUGGGAGCGAAAUGUGGACGAUGCGCCUGUAAACAGAAGAGCAUGGGUACUUCAAGAAAGACUCAUGGCCCCGAGAGUACUACAUUUCUGUCAGAACCAAAUUGCCUGGGAGUGUGGCAAGCUUGAUGCCUCAGAAUCAUUCAGAGACGGCCUACCAAGCUAUCGCCUCAACAGGAGUGACGUUGUGCCCAGCCGUGGACUGAAGGGUCUCCCGGAACCGGAACUCAACGGUCAGAAUCUCUGUACUAGUAUUGCUGUCUAUCAGCGCUGGAAACGUGUGGUGGAAGUUUAUUCCAAGACCAAGCUCACAAACCCUAGCGACAAGCUCAUCGCUCUUUCGGGGAUUGCCAAGAUGAUGUCAAAAGAGGUCGGUGAGACGUAUGUUGCAGGUCUAUGGAAGGAAUACCUCGCAAGUCAACUUCUGUGGAGAGUCGAUCCAGUAUAUGAGAACGGAGUAUUUAACUACCCCUCUAAACGCCCGGAAUUAUAUCGAGCACCUUCGUUUUCCUGGGCUGCAGUCGAUGCGCCACAGGGAAUAUUGUACGGCGAAAUUACCAACGAGGGUCUUUUGAUUGAAGUAGUGGAAGACCAUGUGCUCCCGCCGCCGGACACAACUGACAAGUUCGGGUUAGUGCAGAGCGGACAUGUGAAAGUUAAAGGUAUUUUGAAGAAGAUUGAAAUGCGAAAAGACCCGAAGAUAGUGUCGAGCAACCUCUUUAAGAGAAAAGAAACCACACGCUAUGCUUGGAGAUUGGAUUCGAAAUUGGACGGACUAACCGGCGAGUGGUACAGCAAUGUGUUCUUGGACAGUCCAAAUAGCGACCUCGAUAUCUUUGGUCCCGAGGGUAAUUUGUACUGCCUGCCAGCGCAAACGGAUUCCGAAAAAUACUUGAUAUGCCUUCUAUUGCAAUUAGAAAAGAAAGAAAGCAUGUGGACGAAAAGUUUCAGACGCAUUGGCACUACUAAAAUCCCGCCCUACAAUUCAAGCGGCCAGAAACGGGUGCUUGCACUCUCGGGAGACGAACUCGCAGUUCCAGAUGGGAAUUGGGAUGCAAGGGCUAAGAGGCACACUAUCCGGAUUGUUUGA